AUGGUUGCUGUCAUUCAAAAACCUGCUCCAACUUUCAAAAAAACCGCUGUCGUUGAUGGUACUUUCGAAGAAAUUUCUUUAGAACAAUACAAAGGUAAAUGGGUUUUAUUAGCUUUCAUCCCAUUGGCUUUCACCUUCGUUUGUCCAACCGAAAUUAUUGCUUACUCAGAUGCCGUUAAGAAGUUCACUGACAAAGAUGCUGAAGUUUUAUUUGCUUCAACUGAUUCCGAAUACUCAUUAUUAGCUUGGACUAAUGUUGCUAGAAAAGAUGGUGGUUUAGGUAAAAUUAACAUUCCAUUAUUAGCCGAUACUAACCACUCAUUAUCAAGAGAUUACGGUGUCUUAAUCGAAGAAGAAGGUAUCGCUUUAAGAGGUAUUUUCUUAAUUGAUCCAAAAGGUACUUUAAGACAAAUUACCAUCAAUGAUUUACCAGUUGGUAGAUCAGUUGAAGAAUCAUUAAGAUUAGUUGAUGCUUUCCAAUUCACUGAAAAAUACGGUGAAGUUUGUCCAGCUAACUGGCAACCAGGUGCUGAAACCAUCAAACCAGAAGCUUCAAAAGAAUAUUUCGAAAAAGUUAACAAAGAUUAA